AUUUUUUAUAAAUAUAUAUUUAUUUAAAAAAGUCAGCGAUAGAGAAGCCCAACCCGAACGUAAUAAUUGUCAUUUCAGGCCCGACCUGAACUCGGGCUUCAGAUCUUAGCUCUAUUCCUGGCGUAAGAAUUCAUUAUAAUUCAGUAAUUUCAAUGCAAAUUUUUCAGAUAUAUCCAGUUAAUAGGCUUGACUAUAUCUGGAUUUAAUUAGGUGGAGAUGAGCAAGUCAAUAAAAUGGACUUGUGGUUUGUGCACGUAUGAAAAUUAUCCUGCGUCCCUGAAUUGUGUUAUGUGUUGUCAACAAUGUCCCACACCUUUAAUCGACGAACCUCGGUCAUCUACAGACGUCAUCACAAACUAUCCCACAGAACAAAACUCCGUUAUUCAAAGGACAAGUCUUCAAGGACUAGACCCUGCAGUAAUAAGCCAUGGAUGCUCUGUUAACGCAGAUAAUUAUUAUGAUACAUUUACUAGGGAAUUUGAAUCCAAAGCUCGUAUUACUAACGCAGAUGAAAUGCCAUCUUUCUCCUCAAACUAUAACGUGCCUGUAGAUGGUGCUGGUGCAGCUUCUGCUUCUCUUAGUGACAAUCAGGCAGCAAAUAUUGCGGAUAAAAAUAAUGAAAUUAACAAAAAAUGGAUUUGUACUUCAUGCACUUAUAACAAUUGGGAUAGAUCAGCUAAGUGUGUCAUGUGUCAUUAUCCCAAAUUGGCUGCAAGUGAUCGGAUUAUUGAAAAUCCAAUUCAACCAAUUCACGAAGAUGAACAUAAAUCAUUGAUUUUAAAUCGCCCGAAACAAAUUGUCAGAGAUGAAAUCACACAAGACAAACCUCGAUCUGUAAACUCCAAAACCUGUAGCUCACAGCCAGGAGCUUGUGGACGACUUUGUCGAAGCUAUUCUUCAAACCAUGCUUUUCGUUGCCAGGACUCAAUGAGCCCCACUUUAACAAAUACAAGGGCAUUGCAUAGACAUAAAAAAUCUUUCAGUGAGGAAAAUUUAAAUAAUAUAAUGAAUGCUCAGGAUUCUGCUUCUUGUCAAAGGGCAGAAAAGAAAGGGAGGCAUUUUUCUAACGAAGGAGUAAGUAAUACUUGGAAACAUGAAGAAGCAAUAGGUCAUUUGGAAAAAUUUACAAAAACUCGUGAACAUGAACAUAGAUCUUGGAAAAAAUCGAACAAAAGAUUAAACUUGCUUUUUCUCAAAGCCUGCAUAGGUAUUCUUGAAGACAAUAUUGAAGCAGUUGAUAGGUAUCUAGCAUAUGGUGGAAAUAUUGCGAGACCUUUAACAGCUGAUGAAGUGAGAAUUUUGAAUAGACCUUCUGCAUUUGAUGUUGGACAUACUAUUGUACAUCUUGCCGUCAGAUUUCAACGCCGCAAUAUCCUUGCACUUAUUUUAACCCCAGAGGUCACCAAGAGAAAUUUGAAACGAAGUCCAGCCAUAUUAUGUCCAGAAAUUGCGGAUCAUAUUCGCCAUGAAAUUUUACAAAGUAUCCGAAUGAUGAAAGGCGAUUUUCACUGUCAAUAUUUUUGUGAUUAUUUAACUUUUCUUUUGCCAAUUGAGAUUGCUGGUUUACCAAGUUCAAUACAAAGAUUACUUUUUGAUGAACUAUUAGACAAAGAUGUGCAAAAAGAACUUGAAGAUGAAUUUGCUAUCAACUGGUGUGCUGAUGCUGAUCGACUUUAUGCAUUAUGGAAUCGAUCUGCUGGGGAUUGCUUACUUGAUUCAGUAUUGCAAUCAACAUGGGGUGUUUUUGACAGAGAUAAUGUACUGAGGAGGGCAAUGGCUGAAACAAUGCAAGAGUGUUCACCUUAUUUUUACACUCGGUGGAAAGAAUGGGAAGUUAUGCAAGCAAGACUUUUGAAUUUUUCACUUUCUGAACGUCAGUAUUUACAAGACUGGGCUUUCAUUUUAUCAUUGGCUAGACAGCCUGGUGCAUCUCUGGAGCAUUGCCAUAUAUUUGUGUUGUCUCAUGUUCUACGUCGACCCAUUAUAGUGUAUGGUGUCAAAUAUUUAAAGAGCUUCCAAGGUGAUACAUUAGGAUUUGCGAAGUUUCAAGGUGUAUAUCUACCGUUUCUCUGGGAAAGAAGUUUUUGUUGGAAAAGUCCGAUAGCUCUUGGGUACACACGAGGUCAUUUCACUGCACUGGUUCCAAUGGAAAAUGAUUCAAGGGAUGCAUACAGCAGCAGAACACUUGAUUCAUGCAGUGAACCAGCAUUGUGUACUUAUCUACCUCUCAUGGACUGUGAAAGAAAACUUUUACCUAUACAUUUCACAUCACCCAAUCAGGGACAAUCAGAAACUGAACAAGAGUGCAUUUUGUUUGAUUGGUUGGAUUGCGUUGUCACCAACAGUGGUGUUCUCGUAGCCAAACAAAAACCAGGAAAACGUCCACCUCUUGUUACCCGCAUGCUUGACCAAUGGCUUGACCAUUACAGGCAUCUAUCAUUCAGGAGGUUAGGAGAAGACGGAGACACAGAAGAUGAAGAGUAAAAUGUUUUGUUUGUCUGUCUGUCUGUCAGUCAGAUAUGAAUGUCUGGUUUUUGCGACAUUAUAUUAAAAUUUGACAAUGUUUUUCAAAUGAAGCCAUAUCAGAUGCAUUGUUUUUUGUACUUUUUGAAAAAUGUGUAAACAAAUGAAAAAUUGCUUUGAAAAUUGAAAUUGUAUCGUAUUCUGAACUAUAAUGAACAUCCGAAUUAUAAUUUUUUUACUGCUAAUCACACUAGGAUUAAUAAGAAGUUAUGCAUAAUUAUCAUUAUCAAAUUCAUCAAAAAUAACUUUCUUCUAUAUAUAGAUGAUGUAGUUCCCACCUGAUUCCUGCAGAACCUGUGCAACGAUUGGUUCACAUCAGCAUUGAUUUGAACCAAUCGUGGCACAGUUUCUGUUUACCAAACUACCCUAAGUGUAGUAGUACACAAAGUUACAUUGAAUUUUCAUUUUUUCUGAGUUAUGGCAGUAACAAAUAUUUUAAGAGAUGAUUACUGUGCCAAAAUCAGUAGUACUAGUUAUUUGCUCUCGGUUCUAAUCCUAGUAACUAUAUUUUGUGCUUUUUAGGUAGUUAGAUGACACUAAGGCCAAUUUAAUUGGAGGUUAAUUAUUGAAGGUCACCCUUCACUUAAGGCAGUGGUUCUCAAACUUUUUUUUGCUCGCGGCGCACUGAGCAAAUAAAAAUUUUGCGGCACACUUGUAAAAAAAUUAAGUUAGCUUUAAACAAAUUUUUUCUGCAAAUGUUGAUGCGAUGUGUGUGCCUGUUUUGAGAAACAAUUGAAAUGAGGUUCUGUUCACAAAUACAUUAUGACAUAACAAUACAAUUAUAACGCGUCAAUCAUCCUUCCUACAACGAUAAGACAAAUGCAAUAAUAUUACCAGUCUAACAAGAUACUCUUAAGUCUCCCGUUGCAUGCAUAUAUAUGUAAUUCAAAUAGCUUAUUUUCUAAAAUUCCAAAAAGCUUCGCGGCACACCUGACAAUCUUAUGCGGCACACUAGUGUGCCGCGGCACACAGUUUGAGAAACACUGACUUAAGGUCACCCUAAGCUCUUUAUUAUAAGGCUAAUAUCUCCUUGGCCCUUAUAGCCAGGAUUAGCAGCAUUUUAUAUACAUUCUUAGAACCCCAUGCUAUAAUAUAAUAGGCAUCUUAAUUUGAAAAAUUGAAAUUUUUUUUGUAUUGUUUCAUAAUGCACAUCAAAAUUCUGUACAUUUCUGUGUAAAAGUUUUCAGUUGUAUAAAUGUAAAUUUGAUUUGUCAAAAAUUGCAUUAAUUUGGGUAGAAUAUAUCACAGAGCGUGUUCCCAGGGUGAACCAAUUUUUAUGUUAUGUGUAUAAAUAUUCAUAAUUUCUAGUGUAUCAUAUAUGAACUGUAAAUAUGUGUUGUUUCGCCGGACUAGUUCCGGACUAGAGAACCCAUUUGACCUGAAAUCGUUUUAUUUGUUGACUGAUGAUAAUCUGUUUUGGGAUUUUAGUUUGAUUCUGAAAAACAGUUUCAAUGUAACUGAUAAUUAUGAUUCAUAACUUGCAAUUAUAGCUAUAAUGUUUAAACAUGCUUCAUUCAAAAUAAUAAACUUUGAAAUUCAAUUAGAACGGAAUUAUUUAAAUAUGUCAUAUUGUAAUAAAGACAUGUUUUGGAGUAAGUUUUUGCCAUGGUGGCACUUUUACUUUGCUGUUAUGGCCUUUUCCAUCUUCUGCCAAAGGAAACUUAUGAAUUACAUACAUGGUAGUUUCUAUUUUGGGAAAUUUAUGUCGUUUCUGUGACUUUUUCAUCGUUUUCUUGACUUGCUCAUUUUACAACACACUGUUCAAAAAAUAUGUAAAAUUAUCUGCACAACCAGCAACUAACUGUAUAUUGUUUGUAAUUUUACAGGAUUUUUCAUUUGUGCGUAAGGCUGCAAUUUUACAACCAAGCUGGGUUGCCUAUUUCUUAAAACAUGCUUCAUUUUUGUUGUUGUUUCUUAUUACUCUAUAAUUAUUAUAAUAAUGAAUAUUAAUAAUAUUUGUUCGGUUUUGUCCUACCAUAAUUUUUGUUUUCUAAUAUGACUAGCAUUAUUAAUAUCUUAUUUUCACAAGCACAUAUUAUUUACAUUAGGUUUGGCACUUUCAAUAUAUUUGUCAUUAUAUGACUGAGGGGCUUGCCAUGAUUAUUUCAAAUACAUUGAUUAUUUCUUGUUA